GCGCAGCAGAGGCUGCAGGAGGAGCGCAGCCGGCCGGCUGCGCCAGUCCCUCGGGCAGCGGCGGCGGCGGCGCUGGAUUAGCUCCCGAGGUGCCGCGGAGCCCGGCGCUCCCCGGCGGGGCUAGGAGAGGAGAGAAGCGGGGGCUGCAGCUGGGCAAGGGGGAGGAAAGUGAGCGUGUGUGAGUGCGUGUGUGCCAGAGUGUGGGGGGCGACAGGCUCGAAUUAGGGCGGCAGAGAGGGCAGGGGAACCGGGGUGCGGUCCCCUAGGGUCUCCCGCGGCGGCGCCAGCUUCACGGCGCCCCUCACCAUGGACUUGCGCGGAGUUGGGAUGUGCCUUGGCCGCAGCGCGCGGGUGGCUGACCGGCCCUGGGGGUGCGCGGGCGCGCGCACAGGGAUGGCGAGGUAGGAUGGCGGUCCAGCGCGACCCCUGCCGCCCCAACCCAGUGGCCUCCGGGCGGUGCAGCUGACUCGUUGGAGCGCACUGGGGUGUGGGCGGAGGCGGCCCAGCCGUGCCCGCGCCUUCGGGAGUUGCUUUGCCUCUUCCACCCACUCGCACCUGCCGUCUCGCGGAUACCAUGUCGAAGGCGGCCGGAGGCUCAUCGGCGGCGGCUGCGGCGGCGGAAAGUUGUCCCCCAACCUCUGCCAGCCCGUCUGCGGCCACUGCCGUGGAGGACCUGUCCAAAGUGUCGGACGAGGAGCUGCUGCAGUGGAGCAAGGAGGAGCUGAUCCGCUGCCUGCGGCGCGCGGAGGCGGAGAAGGUGAGCGCGAUGCUGGACCACAGCAACCUCAUCCGCGAGGUCAACCGUCGCCUGCAGCUGCACCUCGGCGAGAUCCGCGGGCUCAAGGAUAUUAACCAGAAACUCCAGGAGGACAACCAGGAACUGAGGGACCUCUGCUGUUUCCUGGAUGACGACCGGCAGAAGGGCAAGAGGGUGUCCCGGGAGUGGCAGAGACUGGGCCGCUACACGGCUGGGGUGAUGCACAAGGAAGUGGCCUUAUACCUGCAGAAGCUGAAGGAGCUGGAGGUGAAGCAGGAGGAGGUGGUGAAGGAGAACAUGGAGCUCAAGGAGCUCUGCGUGCUGCUGGACGAGGAGAAGGGCGCGGGCUGCGCGGGCAGCCGCUGCUCCAUUGACAGCCAGGCCAGCCUCUGCCAGCUUGCUGCCACCACGGCGCCCUACGUGCGGGACGUGGGCGACGGCAGCAGCACUUCCAGCACAGGCAGCACCGACAGCCCGGACCACAAGCAUCACGCGAGCGGCGGCAGCCCGGAGCACCUGCAGAAGCCCCGGGCCGAGGGCAGCCCGGAGCACUCCAAGCACAGGAGCGCCAGCCCUGAGCAUCUGCAGAAGUCCAGGGCCUCCGCGACCCCAGAUCACCCCAAAGCCCUCAAAGGACCCAGCCCCGAGCACCACAAACCCUUGUGCAAGGGCAGCCCCGAACAGCAAAGGCACCCGCACGCGGGAAGCAGCCCCGAAACGCUGCCCAAGCACGUGCUGAGCGGGAGCCCGGAGCACUUACAGAAGCACAGGCCCGGGGGCAGCCCCGAGCACGCCAGGCACAGUGGAGGGAGCCCUGAGCAUCUUCAGAAACACGCCGUCGGCGGGAGCCUGGAGCAGCUACCCAGAGCCCGGGGCACCAGCCCGGAGCACCUCAAACAGCAUUACGGGGGGAGCCCCGAUCACAAACACGUGGGCGGAGGCAGCAGUGGCGGCGGUGGCGGCGGCGGUGGUGGCGGCGGCGGCGGCGGCGGCGGCGGUGGCAGCAGGGAGGGCACCCUCCGAAGGCAGGCUCAAGAGGAUCUGUCACCCCAUCACCGGAAUGUCUACAGUGGCAUGAACGAAUCAACCUUGUCCUAUGUUAGGCAGCUGGAGGCAAGAGUAAGACAGCUGGAGGAGGAAAAUCGCAUGCUGCCCCAGGCUACCCAGACUAGAAGGCAACCUCCAACUAGAAACAGCUCAAAUAUGGAGAAAGGCUGGGGGCCCAGAGCCCGGCGGGUCUUGCAGUGGUGGCAAGGGUGCCGAGGAAUAGGACGAUGCCUGCCCACUCUCCCGGGUUCUUUUAGGUUGUCAUCAGGGGCUGAUGGGAGUAACAGUUCACCCAACUCUCCAGCUAGCUUCAGUGGACAUACCACACCUUCUCAGCAGCCUGAACCCGUGGUACACUCUCUUAAGGUCUUGGAUGUUCAGGAAACUAUAGAUCGUCAACAGGGUAAAGAGUAUGAACAUGACCUUAGUGAGACAGAAAAAGCUAUAGUCAGAGAAAUGUGCAAUGUUGUAUGGAGGAAACUUGGAGAUGCUGCAGGUUCGUGUCCUGGAAUUAGGCAGCAUUUGUCUGGAAACCAGUACAAAGGACCCAUGUGAGAAGGACUCUCUUUCAAACAUGACAUCACCACUGCCAGAGAGACAGAAGAAAAGAGUGGAUUUUCACAAACCUGGACUCAUGGAAUAACAUGGAGUGAUUGUACAUUGCACAUAUUUUCCCUCUAAAAUCUUUAGUGUAACUGAAGUUGUAUUUUGUCUCUCACUUCAAUGUUCACAACAGUCAAUCUCAAACAAGGUAGCUUCGAAAAUCACCAUUUUGGUACCAAUAUUUUCAUUAGAACUAAAAGUUUUUGACUCUUCAGAUGGAAAAUUGUAAUUGGGAAACCUGCAUGAUUGGAAGAGUCCAGUAGAGCCUCUGUGGUUUUGAUAGAAUUGAAUCAUUGCAUAUAAUGGUGGGAGUGUUCUACCAUAUUGUUCAAGAUAAGAGGUGGUUUCCAGCUUCCCAAGUUGGAGAGUUGGUCACCUAUUAUAUUUUAGUUAAUAAAAUACUAGUUCCUGAUGCAUCAUUGAUUCGAACGCAAGAUAAGAUUAGGUUUCUGGGAUUUCGUUUUGACUUUUGAGGUGCUAAAAAUACCACAUAAAUUUUCCUUACCAGCUAGGAGGGUAGCAGGACUUUGUCAAGUGCUUAUCAGCGAGUACCAUUUAUUUUAAUUGAUCAAAGUAAAUAUAUCUUUUCUUUUCAUCUUAAUGUAUUGCUCAUGAAGACACAUCUUGGGAACACAUCAACCUCCAUCUUCAGUGUAUUCAUUAAUGUUAAUAUUAACAGUUUCAAUUAAAGAACAAGCAAACAAUUUUUCUAAGUGUUUCCAGCUGUGAGAUGUUAAUUUCUACAAUUUAAUUUCUAGACAUGCUGUUAUACUUAAUAAACUUUCUGUAAACUUUAAAAUAUUGCACUGCAUUUAUGAAAAAAGCUUUCUUAGCCUACAGCAGUUAUCUAACAUUUUAUGAAACUGACGCAUGUCCUUCAUUAUUGAAGCUAAAAGCUCUUGUUCAGAUUGCUUGAGGUUUGAAAAGGAGGUGUGCUAGCUUUGCUUUGCUUUCCUUAUUUUUGGUGUAUAUAUAUAUAUUUUAUAUAUAUAUAUAUAUAUAUAUAUAUAUAAAAAAUAGACUGUGUGUAUUGGAAAUGCUAUGAUAGGUAUUUUGUGUUUAUCCAAAUGCAACCAUAGUUUCUUGUAUGAAUGUGCGAGAGGCCUGUGAACGAAUGCUAACUUUAUAUUGUAGUUUAAGAUUAUAAAAGUAGGAAUGCAACAAUUCCCAGUUUUCUUCUAAAUUACUUAGAUUUGAUUCAUAGCAGAUAUUCUGUUGUUGCUCUUUUUUUAAAACAGGCUCAUUACACAUGUAUUAAUUGUCAUUGGUGAAGGAAUUGUUACACUUUUUUGAAUGUUAUUGUGAUGAAAAAGCAGCCCUCUGGUCUCAGAAAAUAUUUAUGCAUUAAUUUGCUAUAGAAUUCUCUAAUUAUUGUAAUUGGAUUACCAUUUAAGCUUCUCUUUUAAAAUGUUAUAUAUUUUAAGAAUAUUAUUACUCUAUAAAACUGCUAUAUUUACACCUUCCCUUGAAAAGCCUUCAUCUUUAAAUUGUUGUAUUCCUACACUCUGAAGACAUUUAAAACAAGUUUCUGUGCCUGCAGUAGAGCCUGCAGAAGCUAAUACAAGGAACACUGGUCUUUUGACAAAAUACUUGUGUAAAUUUUGAUACUGUAUUAAAACUAUUUUUUUAAAGUUCUGCAUAAAAUUGACUCAUCAAGUAUAUGUGUUCAUCUUAGCAAUGAUAAUAAAUUAUUUAAUCUCA